CUAACGCCGAUCGAUCGCACAGUUUGAGCCACCAUCGAAAUUUUACCAACUGGUAUCUUAAGUUCAUAGACUCUUAUCGCGCAGUGAUUGUAUUUGUGAACUCCUGGUUGUGUGUUUUAGAUACUAUACUAAUUAGUUAAUACUUAGUUUUUUUUUUACUUGUUCAGUGUUUGAUUUUUUUUUUUUUAUUUUUUUCUGGUUUAAUUCCGAGUGUUGUGGAAAUUAAGUAUCCGCAACUUGAGAUGACGGUUACGACAAACUAUUCUAUGAUGAGACCAUGUUUUACUGGAUAUUCUUAUCAAGAUCUUGGAUCAAUACCAGGACAGGGAAGAGUUAAUCAAUUGGGUGGUGUUUUUAUUAAUGGAAGGCCGUUGCCGGGAUCGGUGAGGAUGAAGAUUGUCCAGUUGGCAGCAUCCGGAGUCCGACCUUGUAAUAUAUCAAGACAGCUACGAGUCUCCCAUGGAUGUGUGUCAAAAAUCCUGAACCGCUACCAAGAAACCGGUAGCAUCCGACCCGGAGUAAUCGGCGGCAGCAAGCCGCGAGUCGCUACUCCAGAAAUCGAGAAUCGAAUAGAAGAAUAUAAACGUAAGAACCCUUCAAUAUUUUCUUACGAAGUCCGCGAUCGUUUGGUCGAAGAUGGUCUUUGCGAUCGCACUACAGUUCCGAGUCUUUCAGCAAUAUCACGGCUUCUGCGCAACCGAGAUCCCCAAGACGAGGGCGCCGUUAAAUUACCCGACGGUAAGACAAGUUCAGGAUCUGACUGCGAAAGCGAACCAGGAAUUCCACUGAAACGUAAGCAGCGGCGUAGCCGAACAACUUUUACAGCGCAACAAUUAGAUGAACUUGAGCGAGCAUUCGACCGAACUCAGUACCCGGAUAUUUACACCCGCGAAGAGUUGGCUCAGAGGACCAAGUUAACAGAAGCGAGGAUCCAGGUCUGGUUCAGCAACCGCCGGGCGAGACUGCGUAAGCAAAACGCGUCUGAAAGCUCUGGUUACAUGGCCUCCACUUAUCCAGCCAACAGCUCUUACAUCCUGCAUCCAACAGCAUCUUCAGGUCACUCCGCAGCUACCGCUGCUGCCACAGCAGUCGCGAGUCUCCCGAGUCAUCCAAUGCAGACUCACGGUCAAGAAUCCGCGUUUACUUCUUCUGCCCAAGAUCUAUACCCAGCGCAUUCUUACCCAACACUUCUGACCCCCGGAUCAUCAGGCCAUCAGCAUCACCAGCAGCCGUACCAGCAGAGUCACCACCAUCAGCUGCCACCAACUCCCAAUUCCCUCAACAUGAUGCCGGACCAGUUGUCGUCUUCCACUGAUUUGUCCAUCGGCUCGGUCUCUCCCAUUCACCAGCACCCGCAUUCUCAUCCUCACCCUCACCCUCAUCCCCUUCAUCAUGACCCUCAUUCUCAGCAUCAACACCAGAGGCUCCAGGUUCAGAUUCAAAGCCAGACUCAGGCUCAGACUCAGACUCAUCCCCCGCAGCCGAGUCAGGGCGAGUCUCCACCAGCUUGGAAUCUUCCCAUCAACGCUCCUCGUCACAGUCCUCCAGCUCUACAGCAUCCUUACCAUCAUCAUCAUCAAUCUUUUGCUGGCUAUCCGCCGAAUAGUUUCCAGCAGUCACCUGGAGCUUACUGGUACUCAUAG